AUGCCAGACGACACAAAUUUCACAGAAGAAAUCACAAAAUGGGUAGAAUCGCUACCCAAUUGGGGUAAGGCUGCAGUUGCUGGUGGUGUCGCCCUGGCCGUCUACAUUCCAUUUAAAUUCCUCUCAACCCAGAAACGAAAUUCGCCGGUUACAGAAAACUGGAAACCAGAUGUCGUCUAUUUAUACCAAUUUCCUCGUACUCGAGUACUUCCAAAUCUCUCGACGUUCUGUAUGAAAGUGGAAACAUGGCUGAGAAUGGCAGAUAUCAACUAUGAGAUCCCAAAAUGCCCCAUCACACUCCGAACACAAGAAGGAACACUUCCAUUCGUUGAACUAAAUGGAAAAGAAUACUACGAUUCUAGUUUCAUUCUUCGAGAUGUCGAUGAAGCCAUCAAACCGCAGCAUCCAUCACUUGAUGAUCAUCUCUCAGUUGAACAAAAAGCAGUUUCCCGAGCUUUCGAGGCUAUGAUUGAAAAGUCAAUGUCAAUUUCGGCAUGGUUCUACAGAAUGGAAAAUACUGAAAAGAUGCUUGAUCUCUUCGAUCCAAAAGUAUUUGGGCUCUUCUCGUCAAUUCUCAAAAUGAUCAACUCUAGAUUCUAUGCAUCUACGUUGCUCAAAAGAAUUUCCGGCUCCGACAUCGGAUUUCACAACCGCGAUGACAUCAUCAAAAUCGGAAGCGACGAUCUGAAAUCAAUCAGCAAAUAUUUGGGAAACAAGCACUAUUUCCAUGGAUUCAAACCCACAAAAGUGGACGCUUGUCUUUUCGCCAAUCUGUGUCAAAUUUACUAUGCUCCGUAUACAAGUGAGCAUCGAGAUUUGAUCGUGGGCGAAUGUAAGAACUUGCAAGAAUACGUUGAGAGAAUUAAGAAUAGAUACUGGCCAGAUUGGGAUGAUGUGACCUCAAAGUAUUCGACAGAGACGAGCAAUUGGAAGAAGCGUCAUAUCGCCAGGAAUGGAAAUGGAAAGCAGGCUCAUUGA